AUGAGCGAGUCCAGGGCGCAGGAGAGACUGUGGCUGUUCGCCGGCGUAGGGGCGGCGGCGGUCGGGCUCAUUGGCCUGACCGUGUACGCGACAAGCAGGUAUCACCAGCAGCAGCUGGGCUCACUGCUGGAGGAGCUGCGCGAGAGCCAGGGGGCGCAGGAUGCCAGGGACAGCCGGCCCUCUGGACGCGCGCAGGGGCGGAAGAACCGCCGCCCGCCCAGGAGCAGCAACGCCCGCAACUCGGUCGCGGGCCGGGCGCACGAGACCACGCCGGCCAACGGGACGUCCGCCCUGACGCGGGAAAUCCACGGGUCGGACAUGCCGUACGCGAAGGACCGGCGCGCGCCGUGGGACGGCGGCGAGGACACCCCGAGUCGCGCGGAGGGCACGCCGGCGGGGUACACGUCGGGGCAGGUGGCGCGGGACCGGGCGGUGCGCGAGCAGGACCCGAACAUGACGGCGUGGCAGCGCAUGCAGCGCGAGGAGUUCCUCGCGGGGCGCGCGGAGGGCACGUCGGCGUACAACCGGCACCCGGGGCGCGACUCGGAGAUGGACGCGGUGGACGACCGGCUGGACGAGGAGGACACGCCGGGGCUGCGCGGCGGGGUGCGCGUGCCGCACGCGGGGGUGACGCCAGACCGCGCGGAGACCGCGCACAACAUCGCGCACGGGCUGCCGUCGCCCGCCGUGCACAGCCGCUCGCCCGCCCGCGGACACAUGUCGCCGUUCGGGGGGCGCCAGCCGCAGACGAGCUCGCCGCUCCGCACGUCCAUCCAGAAGCCGCUCAACCGCGUGGGGAGCAUCACGAACCUGAGCAAGUCGCUGGAGCAGCCGAGCGUGUUCCAGCACUACAGCGUGCCCGCGUCGGCGUCCGCGGCGCGCACCGCUUCGAGCGCGGUGGCCAUCCAGGCCAAGCAGCACGCGCCGCACGGGGGCCACUCGGCGUCGCUGGUGGUGCCGGACCCGCCGGGGAGCCCCGCGCACGAGUACUCGCGCGUGAUCACGCCCGAGGUGGGCCUGAACAACGAGCAGGAGGAGGUCGCGGCGAUGCUCCUGGAGGCGCUGCAGCUGCGCGACAAGUACCUCUUCCAGCCGGCGGUGAGCCCCGAGGACCGGGAGUCGGAGGAGUGCGCGUGCCUGAAGGACCUGCAGGGGGAGGACCCGUUCGCGUGGGACGAGAGCAAGGCGCGGAAGGUGGACUGCCACUUCGAGAUGGUGGAGGGGGUGUUUCACGUGUGGGACGGGCCGGAGAAGGAGACGCUGCUGUUCGCGCCGCCGAGCGACGGGCGCGGGUUCUUCGGGGACCUGCAGGCGAUGAUGACGCUCAUCUCGCGCGGCCCCGUGAAGACGUACUGCCACCACCGCCUGCUGCUCCUGGAGCAGAAGUUCAACCUGCACCUGAUGCUCAACCAGGACCGCGAGGCCGACGCGCAGAAGAAGGCGCCGCACCGGGACUUCUACAACGUGCGCAAGGUGGACACGCACAUCCACCACAGCGCGGCGAUGCACCAGAAGCACCUCCUGCGCUUCAUCAAGAGCAAGCUCAAGAAGGAGCCCGACCAGGUGGUCAUCUUCCGCGACGGCAAGUACCUCACGCUGAAGGAGGUGUUCGAGUCCCUCAACCUCAGCGCGUACGACCUGAACGUGGACAUGCUCGACAUGCACGCCGACAAGGGCACCUUCCACCGCUUUGACAAGUUCAACCUCAAGUACAACCCCUGCGGACAGUCGCGCCUGCGCGAGAUCUUCAUCAAGCAGGACAACCUCCUGCACGGGCGCUUCCUCGCCGAGCUCACCAAGGAGCUCAUCACCGACCUCGAGGCCUCCAAGUACCAGCACGCCGAGUGGCGCAUCUCCAUCUACGGCCGCCAGAAGCGCGAGUGGGACACGCUCGCCGCCUGGGUCGUCACCAACCGCCUCUCCUCCAACAACGUCCUCUGGAUGAUCCAGAUCCCGCGCCUCUUCUCCGUCUACAAGGAGCAGGGGCUCCUCGACAACUUCCAACAGUUCCUCGACAACAUCUUCGAACCGCUCUUCGAAGUCACCCGCGACCCCUCCUCGCACCCCCACCUCCACAUGUUCCUCACCCAGGUCACGGGCUUCGACAUGGUGGACGACGAGAGCAAGCCGGAGCGGCGGCCGAGUCGCAGCGUCAAGAUGCCGCAGGACUGGGACGUCAAGCACAACCCCGCGUACUCGUACUACGCGUACUUUGUGUACGCGAACCUGUACACGCUCAACCACAUGCGGGAGGCGCGGGGCCUGAACACGUUCAGCUUCCGCCCGCACUGCGGCGAGGCGGGGGACAUCGACCACCUGGUGGCGGGCUUCCUGCUCGCGGAGCACAUCGCGCACGGCAUCAACCUGCGCAAGUCGUCCUCCCUGCAGCACCUGUACUACCUGGCGCAGAUCGGGCUGCACCUCUCGCCGCUGUCCAACAACUCGCUCUUCCUCGACUACCACCGCAACCCGCUGCCCACCUUCUUCGCGCGCGGCCUCAACGUCAGCCUCUCCUCCGACGACCCCCUGCAAAUCCACCUCACCAAGGAACCCCUCGUCGAAGAGUACUCCGUCGCCGCGCAAGUCUGGAAGUUCUCCUCCGCGGACCUGUGCGAGAUGGCGCGCAACUCAGUGCUGCAGAGCGGGGUGCCACACGAGCUGAAGAUGCACUGGGUGGGCACCGAGUACUGGCGGCCGGGGCCCGCCGGGAACGACAUCCAGCGGACGAACGUGCCGGACCUCCGGUUGCGGUUCCGCGCCGACGCGUACACGGAGGAGAUGAACCUGAUCAUUGCGGGCGCGACGGGCUACCACACGCGCAAGCAGGCCAACAAGAUGGACAUGCUGAUGGACAGCUGA